AUGAAAUUUAUAUGUUUUCGAUCGAAGAGGUUUUAGAAAGAAAACACACAAAAUCCAAAGUCAGAGAAAAUUUUGGGUCGAUCGAUGAAUACUGGUCAGUUUAUGGAUAAGCAGAUAAUGGAUCUAUCCUCUUCAUCUCCACCUUCUUCUGAUUUCAUCGAUCUGAAUAACAACAAUACUACUAAUUCACAUGACGAUGAUCACCAGAAGCAGCGAGUCGGCGAUAAUGGAUUGGAUUCGAACAAGGAAGAGAUCGUUCCCAGCUAUGAUUUUCACCCGAUCCGUCCUAACACCACCGUUGGAUUGUCUCACUCGGCUUUAGAUCUCGCCGGAUCCACCACUUAUACGGCGUCUAGGGUUUUGUCCGCGUCUGAUUCUAAACCUGUUUCCAUUCUGUCUAACAGGGGUUUUGGAUCUCUCGACUCUAUUGAGCCUGCAAACUUAGUUCAUGAGAAGGGUCAGAAUUUGUCUGACACGACAAUUCUGUCUGAUAUUGAUAGGACAAUGAAGAAACAUGUAGAUACCUUGCUGCAUGUAAUGGAAGGUGUAAGUGCACGUCUAACACAGCUGGAGACCAGAACCCACAAUCUCGAAAACCUGGUCGAUGAUCUCAAAGUUUCUGUCGAGAACAGUCACGGAAGCACCGAUGGGAAAAUGAGACAGCUUGAAAAUAUCCUUGCAGAGGUGCAAAGUGGUGUGAAACUAGUGAAGGAAAAACAUGAAAUUUUCGAAGAUCAGCUUCAGCUUUCAAAGCUUCAGGUAUCCAAAGUAGACCAGCACCCCAAAACGCACCCUGUGCAUGUUGAUCCCAUUGCUCAGCCUCCCACACCAGUUACUCUGCAGCAAAUACCCCAGCGUCCUCUUACUUCGUUCUCACAGCCACCAUCUUCCCCUGAGCAAAUCCUCCAGCCACCAUCCUCCCAUCAGAGUCACCAACCAUCGUCCUCACAACUGCUAGCUCAGCUACCCACUCAGUUUUCUCCUCAACAAGAGCCCUAUAGCCCUCCUCCUAGUCAUUCCCAACCACCUCCACCAAACCAGCUUCUUUAUCAAGCUCCUCCUCAAACCCAGCCGCCACAACAACUACCUUACCAGUCACUGCCUCAGCAGGCACAGUACCCUCAACAGCCACCACCACCAUCAUCAGGUUACAUCCCCGAGGAACAUCCAUCACAUGCGAUGCAGUCUUACUCGCCAAACCCUCCUCGUCAGCAUCCACCAGCUGGUUCCGCCCAUUCCCAACAGUUCUACAAUGCUCAUCAACAUCAACCAUCAAUGUAUGAUGGAGCGGGUGGUAGAUCUAGUUCGAGGGAAUCCUACCCCUACACUGGUUCGGCAAUGGCAUCGGCGAAACCGCCACAUAUGAGUAGCAGCGGAACUGGUUAUCCACAGCUCUCAAAUGCACGUCCAUUGCCACACGCUUUGCCUAUGGCUGCAGCCGUGAACAGCGGCUCUAGCUCCUCGGGAUCAGAAAGCAGAGUCCCAGUGGAUGAUGUAAUCGACAGGGUGACAACCAUGGGCUUCCCAAGGGACCAAGUGAGAGCAACGGUAAGAAAACUGACUGAAGACGGCCAAGCUGUUGACCUCAACGUGGUUCUAGAUAAGUUGAUGAACAAUGGAGGAGCUUCGUUUGGUGGUCGGUAGCCUUCGGUUGGGCUGACGCUUGUCUAGUACUGUAGGAUCAAUUGUCUUACUAUAUCUGAGUUUGUGACUUCAUAUAUUGGUUUCAGAUCUGUUUGAAGCUUGACACAGCUUGAGGUGUGUUUUUCUCUCUUUUUCUUGCAUUUCCAUUUGUAAAUCAGCGAUCAAUCGAAUCUAUUUCCAAUU